UUAAUUUGUUAAUUUUGAAGAUGACUUCAUCAUUUGAAAAGGAAAAGAAUCGACUUAUUCAGGAAAAAUGUCAAGCUGUCCUAACUGAAUUACUUAAGGAUGAUGACAAUAAAUAUUGUGUUGACUGCGAUGCCAAAACUCCACGAUGGUCAUCUUGGAACCUUGGAAUCUUUGUAUGCAUUCGCUGUGCUGGCAUUCAUCGUAAUCUGGGAGUGCACAUCUCACGUGUGAAGAGUGUUAACUUGGAUACAUGGACUCCUCAGCAAGUGGUGUGCAUCCAGCAAAUGGGCAACAGUCGAGCGAGAGCUGUUUAUGAAGCUAACCUGCCGGACAGCUUCAGGCGACCCCAGACUGACAGUGUGCUAGAGCAGUUCAUCAGAGCAAAGUAUGAGGCCAAGAAAUACAUUGCAAGAGAAUGGGUCCAACCCCCUCUUCCUACACCUAACUGGGAGCAGCUCAUUGAGAAGCAGCUUAAAAACAAAAGAAAAGACAAGAAAAAUAGCAUAGGUAGUGUAGAGCUACCCACUUCCAUCUCAAGCAACGUCUUGAGUAGCAAAAGCAAUGGCACAUCUCCUAAACCAAUACCCAGAGCACCAGGCUCCUCGUCGUCCAGGACGUCCUCAGCAUCAAACACCCCUUCAACCGUGCCCAAACUCCCUGCUUCUGCCACUCAGGACUUACUGGGCUUAGAUUCGCCGGCAUCAAUCCAGAAUAGUGGCAGCAAGGUCGAGUCCAGCGAUCCAUUUGGGGAGUUUCUCUCGGCGCCCGCGUCUGUCGCGGCCACAAGCGCUGCUGCUGAAGGCAAUGUUACUGCCACGGCUGAUGCUUCUGGCUCAGCAGCUGACGCUGUCAGAGAAGAAGAGGAGAAUUUCUUCAAUCAAAAGGCUCCCGAUGGAGAGAAAUUAACCAAAGACUCCAUUUUGGCUUUGUAUUCUAAGAAUGCAUCCCAGGGGGCCCAGGGCUCUGGUAUGAGCUCGCAGGCAAUGAUGCAGAUGACGUCACACAUGAACCCACAACUGAACCCCAAUAUGAACCCACAACUGAACCCUCACAUGCAGCAACACAUGAUCAACAUGACUCAGCAGCAAGGAUAUUUUAUUGGUGGUGUAGGAGUACAGCAUCAGCAACAUCAGAACGGAGCUGCUGUUCAUCAAAAUAUGAUGUUCUAUCCUCAGCAGCCGGUUAUGUGCGGUGUGGGCGGUCAGAUGAUGCAGGGGCAGAUGAUGGCUCCAGGCGUUGCUCAGGUUCAAGCUUCUGGGAUCCAAAUUUCUGCCGCCAACCCAUUCGCCCAGAUGCAGUGCCAGAUGGGUCAGGUGCCAAGCCAGCUGAGUCAACUACAAACUCAAAUGAGUGGCUUACAGUUGGGCGCUGGUAGUCCCAUGAUGGGCAUGCAGCAGCAACAACAACCAAUAACUCAACAGCAACAAAUGCUUCAACAACAGCAAUAUCAAGGAGCCUAUGGAGCAAUGCAGCCGCCUCAGCAGCAGAGUAGCGCCGUAAUGUCCGGCAACCUGUGGCAGUAAUGCUUGCCUUCUUCUAGCGCGACAACAUAUGAGCAGCUCGCUGGGAAUCUUGCAAGCUCUCCGAGACUCCAACACUUCUUAUACAAUUGCAUUAAUUAUCAAAUGACACCGUCUACCCCACACUUCUCCAUGUUAAUGAUUUCUACUAGGUACUCGAUUGUAUUCUAUGGGAUUUCAUAACGAGGAAAAUCUUAUGAAAACGCUGAUUGUGUUCACAUUAUUUCAAGAAUAAGCAUAACAAUAUUCAUAAAAUAGUCAUAUUCAAUCAUCUAGCUCUAAAUUGGGAGAAUUUUAACCACAAGCUCAUCUUUAUUCACUAGUUAAAGGUUGAACUUCAGUGUUUUCUCAAUUGAGGCCUUGAACACAUCUAGAGUCCGUCCCAUGGCUUAUUAAAUUUAAACUUCCAGAUCUGUCAAUUGUAUGAAGCUUCAUAGUUGCGUAGACGCGUUGUUGGUAUAAACAUCCAUUAACUUACGAGUGUUGUGGAUGCUAUGUACUCUCGCUUCAGCUCCGCAAAUCUCGAGUUUGAUUUUCGACGUCAUACUAAAAUUAUUUCAACGAAUGAAAUUACUGAGAAGUGAGUUACGAUGGAGCUUUCUUCUGAAACUUUAUUCAUGUUUUCAGAUCACAACUUCUGUAUAAGAUUUAGGAAAAAUAAUGAAAAGUUUGAUACUGUAUUCUCGGAAGUCGCUUACUAGAUUGUCAGGUGAGGCUUUAUAUCGUUGUCCCAAAUGUAAAUGUUGCUGUUGUGUAGACUGAAAAUCUGUCUUACUACGAGACUCCUAAUCAUCUUAGUUGUACUUUCGGUGUUUCGAUGUUAUUUCGGAAAUAUUAUUUUGAGAUAGUGAAUAUUUAUUGAAAUUCAGGCUUGAUGUCUACCCAAGAACGGUUGGUGUGAUUUGAAAAUAUGAAAUUUUGAAGGCCGUGUUCUGGAUUGAACGAGUUACUCGUAAGUUUACUUAGAAGUUCCCGUGACCGACUGCCAGUUUUGCUUAAUUUCGCGAGGCCCUUCGUGCGAGCUGCUUCGUGUAACUCAAUGGUUGUUACAUAGCCUACAGAGUGAACUGAUCUGAAGCGCUAGAAAUCUCUCCCCUACUACUACUACUGGCCUACAGAGGUUGUUAUUUGUGUACUGUCGAUGGUCACCGCAAUAACACACACAUAGAUUCCUCAUUGAACAUUUGAUGGUUUCAUAUCUCCUGUUUAGAACUGUUGAAACUAAUCCAAACUACUUUCAAUGUACUUUCUUUAAGUAUAAAAAUUGAUUUUUUGUACGGUUAGUGUUGACUUGCAAGUAAAGAAUGUCUGUAAACCCCAAAUAAGUCUAUCGCGUUGAGGGAUUAGUUCAUUUUUUUUCGUGAGAAGUUUUUUGUUUGGUCAUCUUUUGAGUUCAACAGAGGAAUUUGUUUACGUGCAGCACCCUGGAUAUCACUGUUAGUUAUUGGGGUAUUUGUUCAAGAAGACGAAGACUAAUCAGUAAUUCAAGCUGCAUGUAUUACUUUCAUUUAGUCUAACUAACAGUUAAGAUAGAUGUUUAUUUUUUUCUAUUUGUGAGUAUAUUUGUAGGAUAGCUUCGGGUGCUGUGUGUGUAAAGGAGUCAUGGCUGUUGAUAGGUGUAAAUGCUUAACGUUGUUGUAGAUCUGUAAUUUGUGUUUCAUUCAAGUUUUGUUUCAAAUAAAAGUUGUAGUAAUCUUUC